AUGGCCCCCGCAUACAUUGUCUUCGUCGGUAUAUUUGUACAUCUUCCUCGAUCCACGUCAAAGACCCUCGCUAUCCAACAGGGGGCUUUAUGGGUUUCCGCCGCCGAUGGUCGAAUUAAAGGUACCGACUGGACUGUCAUCACUGAGAGUGAUCUGCGCGACCUAUUGAAAGAAAAGAGCUGGAUCCCUGAGGAUGCUCCUCGAUAUAAAUCUGGGACGAGAGUAAAGAUCGUCCGGGCGAGGGAAGAAUAUAAUGAAUUCUUCUUUCCUGGGUUCAUUGACACUCACAUCCACGCACCCCAGUACCCCAACAAUGGACUUUUCGGUUCUACUACCCUCCUUGACUGGCUAAAGCAGUAUACCUUCCCGAUGGAGGCUUCAUUCGGGAGCUCCCUUCCCAACAUCCCGUCCCCCAGGGCAUUCAGGGUCUACAAUCAGGUCGUCUCGCGCACUCUAGCUAACGGCACAACCUUCGCCUCCUACUUCGCUACCAUUCACGUCUCGGCUACGAACCUGCUGGCAACGCUCUGCCAAAAACGUGGCCAGCGAGCCCUCAUCGGCCGCGUCUGCAUGGACAAUCCGGACUUCUCUGAGCCCUACUAUAUUGACCCCUCAACUGAAGAAUCCGUCGAAUUAAACAAGGAAGUCAUCUCGUACAUUCAGUCCAUUGAUCCGCAAGGAACCAUGAUAAAGCCAAUCAUCACCCCGCGCUUUGCGCUAACAUGCACCCCGAAAGCAAUGCGUGGCCUAGCCGACUUAGCCGCUUCCUAUGAGCCCCCACUGCACAUUCAGACGCACAUCUCCGAGAACAAACGAGAAAUCCACGACGUCCACUGCCAAUUCCCAAGUGCCAAGAGCUAUGCCGACGUGUACGACACAUAUGGCCUUCUCACACCACGAACUAUCCUCGCCCACGGCGUCCAUCUAUCGCCCGACGAGCAAGAUCUUAUCCACGAUCGAGGCGCCAAGGUCUCUCACUGUCCCGCGUCAAACUCCGCCCUGGGAUCCGGCAUCUGUCCCGUUCGCAAGCUCCUCGACAAGGGCAUCACUGUCGGUCUCGGCACGGAUGUUAGUGGCGGGUAUAGUCCCAGUAUCUUGGAAGCCGUCCGGCAAGCCUGUCUCGUAUCCCGCUUACUUCGACAUGUGGAACCGGCCAGCGAAGGCGAUGAAGGGAAGAAACUCGUCCUAAGCGUUGAAGAGGCGUUAUACCUCGCGACACGCGGCGGCGCCGCGGCGGUCAAUAUGGAGAAUGAUAUCGGUGGAUUUGACGACGGCAUGCUAUUCGAUGCGCAGCUGAUUCAUUUGGGGCGGUUCUUGCCUGCGACUCGGUAUAGCAGUGGUGGAAGCCAGGUUGAUGUCUUUGGAUGGGAGACCUGGGAAGAGAAGAUCCACAAGUGGGUGUGGAGUGGUAAUGAUCGUAAUGUCAAGGGUGUCUGGGUUGGAGGAAAGCUGGUGCAUGGGGAGGACGCUGUGGAGCAUGGGACUCGGUCUGGUUGGUGGGCUUGGGUUUUGAGCGCCGGUGUUGUGGGUGUUGGUGCUGCUGUUGCUUUUAGGAGGCUGAGGUUGUAA